AUGGCACAAGACAGAAACGUGACCUUGGUAUGCCUCAUCGUGGCCUCAUUGGCCAUCACGGCAGCAACAGCAGCGACAUUGCAGGACGCCGAGACCGAGUGUGCACAGCACCUCACGGAUCUCGCAGCUUGCAUUCCAUAUGUGAGCGGCACUGCCAAGAAGCCGACGCCCGAGUGCUGCCAGGACGCCAAGAAGCUGAAGGAAACCGAACCGAAAUGCCUGUGCGUUCUCAUCAAAGAGAGCACUGACCCUUCCAUGGGUCUUCCUAUCAACACCACUCUCGCCCUUGAAAUGCCCUCUGCGUGCAACAUUGAUGCCAAAGUCUCCAACUGCCCCACUCUCUUGAACAUCUCUCCCGACUCGCCAGAUGCAAAGAUCUUCAAACAAGCAGGAGAUUCAGAUUCUUCUUCCACUGGCAAUUCAAGCUCCACAAAAGAUUCCCCAGCGAGUUCUGCAACUACGUCACCUUCUUCUACUUCCACUGAUUCCAGCUCGAAAGACUCGAAGGCUUCUCCUACUACCAGCAGCAAUGACGGCCAAAAGAUGAAGGUGAUGAUUGGAGGGUGGAUGUUGAUGGUUCUUGCAGCUUCGAUGCUCUUCUAA